GUGUGUUGCGUAGCGACGCAGGUGGUGGACAGUUGACGCACUGCACGGCAGGCUGUGUUGUUCAGGAUCCAGAAGCCUUUUCGUGUCUUCUCUCUACAAUAUGGGGUCAUGCUGAAAGACAUCAUUUGGUGGUUCUGCCUCCACAGAUUCAAGGUAUGAAGCCCAAACUGGAACUUAAGUUGUCUCGUACAGCAUCUGGAGAUGAAUAUAAAGAGAAGAACCCUGCUCAUAGUAAGGAUGUGAAGCUUUCAGCCGAAGUGGAACCGUUCAUCCCACAGAAGAAAGGUCUCGAAGGAUCCCUAGUCAGCAUGAGUCUUUCUGGAGAGGCAGGCGGAGGAGGAGCGGGCGGAGGUAUCGGAGGAGGAGGCGGAGGAGGGGUGGAAACCACUCCCAUUCCCAGCUACCUCAUCACCUGCUACCCUUUCGUCCAGGAGAACCAACCCAACAGGCAACAUCCGAUGUAUAAUGGAGGAGAGCUGCGCUGGCAGCAGCCCAACCCCGGCCCUGGUGGUUCAUACCUGGCCUACCCUAUCUUGUCUUCACCCCAGCCUCCUGUCUCCAAUGACUACACUUACUACCAGAUUAUGCCUGCUCCAUGCCCACCUGUGAUGGGCUUCUACCAGCCCUUCCCUGGCACUUAUGCGGGUCCCGUGCAAGCUGGAGUGGUCAACCCCGUCUCAGCAGACGUCGGUGAAAGACCACUGCCUCUGGGGCCGGCAUAUGGGAUGGCCAGUCAGAGGGGGAGAGGGAUGGUCCGACCUAAUGUUCUCCCAAAGCAACAGUUGGGUGUGUGCCAACCUCCAAGGGGUCGCCGGCCUCCAACCAGGAGUGUGGCUGUGCAGAAGGAGGUGUGCACCUUGGGGCCUGAUGGAAGGACCAAGACGGUCAUGCUGGUGGAUGCAGCACAGCAGACCGAUUUCCCAGGUGAGGUGUCAGGGCGAUGUGCUGCUGAGCGGGCUAGUCCCCUGCUGUGGAAGAACCGAACAAAGAGGAGACGGGCAUCCCAUCCAGCUGAAGGCUACAAUGAGCAGGGCGCCAGUGAGGCAGAUAUAGACAGCGAUAGCGGCUACUGUAGCCCUAAACACAACCAGGCUGCAGGAGUAACGCAACGAACGGCGGAGAAUACAGCAGCAGCCACAGGAGUAGAGGCUGGUGUUAUGACAGCAGGUACCUGGGUAAAUGUAGCCUCUCAGGCUACCCCGAAGUCCUGGGGGGACAGGAACGGCCAGUUUCACAGAGCAGACCAGAGGAAGAAUCCUGAACAGAGAAACUUCUCACAGGAUUUCCACAGUGGCUAUGCCGGGCGUGCACCGCCCAACCAGUCAGAACAAAGGCUGCAGCCAGCAGUGGUCACUGGCACUGAGCUCACCCCAGAGCCCCUCUACUUUGAGGAUGAAGAUGAGUUCCCAGAUCUUGCCACUGGAGCGGCCGCCCAACGCAACACCAAACCAGAAUCUAGUGCAGCCCAGACACACGCGCAACAUAAACUGCACAAAAACCUGCUGGAUAACCUGCCAGAAAACUCCCCUAUCAACAUUGUGCAGACACCCAUCCCCAUCACCACCUCUGUUCCCAAGAGGGCCAAGAGCCAGAGGAAGAAGGCUCUGGCUGCUGCGUUGGCCACUGCCCAGGAGUACUCUGAAAUCAGCAUGGAGCAGAAGAAAUUACAGGAGGCAUUCACCAAAGCAGCAGGGAAGAAGAGUAAAACCUCUGUGGAGCUGGACCUGGGAGACAUGCUGGCAGCUUUGGAGAAACACCAGCAGGCUAUGAAGGCCCGACAACUCAACAAUACCAAGCCACUGUCUUUUACAGUUGGAACAACAACUCCAUUCCACGUUUCAGGCUCGACCAGCGUGGCGUCCAUGUUGAAGGGUCAUCAGCAGCCGUACUCAGCUCCACACAAUUCCCUGGAUUCCACUGCACCCCGUAAGAGAGGCAAGGAGAGAGAGAUCCCCAAAGUCAAACGACCUACGGCUCUUAAGAAGAUUAUCUUGAAGGAACGUGAAGGGAAGAAAGGGAAGACGAGUGUAGAACAAGAGUCUUCAGGCCUGGAGGAGCAUGGGGAUGAGUGUUUACAGUUUACUGAUGAUCUUGCACGAGAGCCUGCCUCCCAAGAAGACAAUGGCCUGAGUAUGCCCAGUGAUGCGUCCCUCUCCCCGGCCAGUCAGAACUCUCCAUAUAGCAUCACUCCAGUGUCCCAGGGCUCUCCUGCCAGCUCUGGCAUCGGGAGUCCCAUGGCCUCAAACGCCAUCACCAAGAUCCACAGCCGACGUUUCAGAGAGUACUGUAACCAAGUGCUGAGUAAGGAGAUCGAUGAGAGCGUGACUAUGCUGUUACAGGAACUGGUUCGCUUCCAGGAGCGGGUCUACCAGAAGGAUCCUACCAAGGCCAAAUCCAAACGCCGCCUGGUCAUGGGUCUCAGAGAGGUCACCAAGCACAUGAAGUUGAGCAAGAUUAAGUGUGUCAUCAUCUCUCCCAACUGUGAGAAGAUCCAGGCCAAAGGUGGUUUGGAUGAAGCUCUGUAUAAUGUAAUUGCCAUGGCGAGGGAUCAGGAGAUCCCGUUUGUGUUUGCCUUGGGCAGAAAAGCUCUCGGACGCUGCGUCAACAAACUAGUGCCUGUUAGUGUGGUUGGCAUUUUCAACUAUUCUGGAGCUGAGGGUCUCUUCAACCGCUUGGUGUCUCUGACAGAAGAGGCUAGGAAGGCCUACAAGGACAUGGUGUUAGCUCUGGAGCAGGAGCAGGCCGAAGAGGCUAUGAAAAAUGACAAGAAAGUCCCUCACCACAUGGGGCACUCCCGUAACCACUCUGCUGCUUCUGCUAUUUCCUUUUGUUCCAUCUUUUCUGAGCCUAUUUCAGAGGUCAAUGAAAAGGAGUACGAGACCAACUGGAGGAGUAUGGUGGAGACUUCAGAUGCCCUGGAGCCUAUAGAGGCUGAGCCGAUUCGCCCUGCACCUUCCACCGCCACCCAGAAAGACAGUGAGACCCUGGCUGCCUCCACCAACGCCGCCUCGCCAGGCUCCGCUGCUCCCCAGCCCAGAGCGGCGCCUCCGACACUGACACAGGGUACCAGUGAGAGAGACGAGGUCCGGGUUGACGACCGGCUGGAGCUGGCCUCCCAGCAGAGCACGGAGACAGGCUCACUGGAUGGGAGCUGCAGGGGCCCGCUGAACUCCUCCAUCACCUCCACCACCUCCACCCUGGUACCCGGGAUGUUGGAAGAGGCAGAGGAGGAGGAAGAGGAGGAGGAGGACUACACUCCCGAACCUAUUGCUGUGGAGGUGCCCACCCUCAGCAGCCGCAUUGAAUCCUGGGUGUCAAAGACGCUGGAAAACCUGCAGCUGGGGAAGAGCCAGGAAAGUACGGAAGAGGAGGAGGAGGAGGAGGAAGAUGAUGAGGAGGAGAGAGUGCAGAGUGAAGAAGAGGAGGACCUCGAUUCAGCGGACAUCACUGAGACGACGACCGAUGGCAAAGAGCAAGUGGAGGCGAAGAAGGUCACCGGUUGAUGUCUCCUCCUCCUCUCUCUGUUCUUACAUCCACUCAUGUCCUCUGUUGCUCUCACAUCCUUCCUCACAGCAACCAGCAGCUUUUCUCCUUCGUCUCUAACCCCUGACACCAGACAUAAUCUCAGGUAUCCAACCAACUGACCAACACUCACACGCAUUACAGAGAAGCUGACCAACUUACCAACACACAGCGUUGCAGACCAAACGGCAACUAACACAGUCUGAGGGAUAAUCGUCAUCGACACUCUUUGUCAUUUAAAAGGAUGCCCUCACGUCUUCGGCCCAUAACCUGCUACACUUGAAUUCAGAGGGAAGUUUUUGACUUUCCUCCUCCGAAGCUGAACUCUAUUAGAGUCAGGGACCUUUCUGGGAGCAAGUGCUUAAAAAAAAUGUUGAACUGCUGUCUGUAGCUCACAGAGGAGGGAGGUUGGAACCUUUCAGCUCCCAUCUUAACUUCAUACAGAGCUCAGAAAGUUUACAGCUCUGCAGUAUUUGUGUGCGUGUGUGUGUGUGUGUGUGAGUGUGUGUGUGUGUGUGUGUUUACAGGCACAUAGUUUGCAUUUAUUUUUGCUGUGUUCUUUAGCUUUAUCUUUGUAAAUAAUGCGUGUUUUUUUCACCAUGAGGAAAGGAAAGACAUGCAUUUCUUAAUUACGUCUUGGUUGAUAUUUAGCUUUCCUCACAGAAUAUUACAGUGUCAGGGGGGGUUCUGUCUUUCUACCAAAACCACUCCCACCCGUCAGUCUUCAGAGACCCUGUUCACACCUGGUAUUAACAUGUGUCCUGAGUGAUCGAAUCACAAGUGGACGGCUAUAAAUACGUCUGUUCACACAUGGCAUUAGAAUGCGUCUCCACAUGCGUCUUGAGUGACCACUUGUGAUCCGAUCUCACUCCGAUCUCACUAAACACACGGCUAAUACAGCAGAUACAUGAAUAUUGAAUAUAUUAUAUACAUGAUUGAAUGUUAGUAGUAAUAUCCUACAUAUUUGUGAAUUCAGGUACAUUUUAUUAACAUCAAAAUAAAAGUUUAUUGUACCGGCGGUCCCCAAGGACCUCCCUGCUGCCGACACCACUGCAUUUGCCAGGCAACAACGGGGUGCAGAGCUCCAGAGAGCCGGGGAUGAGAGAGCGAGCGAGCGGGUGGGCGUGCAAAGCACCGGAACAAAAACACAGACACAUCACAGACAGCAUGAUAAUAAGGCACUUUGCGUGCCUAGUCUGAUAGUCUGUAAACUAUGUAGCCUAUAAAUAACAGAUAUUUCAAUAAAAUACAGUAGAGCACAGAAGCCGUUUCCGUGCAACAGGACAGACAAACAUUCGCGUCUGCAUGGCCUAUUCACCCUAGGAGCGCAGAGACCCGCGGAUCCCAGCGGGACGUCAGUUGAGUAGUCAGUCCUUCAAUGUGGCCCAGGACACAUUCGUGUACACACUACUAAAAGAAUGUGGUCAUAUGUGGCCCAGACCACCUCUGAAUGUGGUCUGAAAGAUCUGAUCUCAAUGUGUCUGGAGUACGUUCACACCUGCACUCAUAGCUGUCCUGUUGUGAUCCGAUCACCCAGGACGCAUGUUAAUACCAAGUCUGAACAGGGCCGGAGAGUGUUUUUUAAUGUUCAAAUAAUAAGUGUCCCAUUCUGUAUUCAGAUGAUUCAGAUGACUUUAACUUCUAAGAAGCAAAACAAGCUUUGUGUAUAUAACCUCGUCUAUAUGGUUCUACUACAGUAUAUAAUAGUUUGUCAUAUUGAUCUUGCCUGGUGUGAAACUAUUCUGGUUGUUUUUCCUCUGACUGGAAUUGUCUUGAGUUCCCAGAUGCUGUGUGUGCUUCAUAAAUUUUGUUCCUGUUGUUCCUCUGGUGGUGUUUGUUCUCUGAUUGGGGGGGGCGUGCUCUCAUGCUGUCUCUUAGGUUAGAGACCUAACACCAUUUUUAGAAGCCCAAACAUUGAGAUAUUUUAAGUCUUUCCAACCAGAAAAAUAUUGUUCAAGUGUUUCGUUAUAGUUUAUGACAAUAUGAAAGAAUCAGGUUACUGGAAAGUGUCUCUAAGUCAUUGUUUUUACCAGUGUUCACUCUAUUUCCUUUAAAAAUGCCACUUAAAUCAAAUCGACCAAUAGGACGAGCAGGUGUUUACUGCUAUUCAUGAAGUCUAUUAAUGCCCAAGUUGACAAAAAAAAAUCAGAUAUGGUUGUUUACAAAUGAAAUCAAUCCUCGUACAGCUGAGACGCUCCCUCAUCGGGGUAAAGUCACCACUAGAAGUCGUCACAAAGUCAUUCACACACUAAUGAUAAAUCCUUGUAAAUACAAGUGUACAAAAGAGAUUUUGAUUUUGCAUUGUAUUAAAAAAAAAAUACAAUCAUCCUGUUCUUAAGUUUUAACAUUUUAACAGUUGGAAUCCAAUUUGAUAAUGGUAUUUGAUAGUGAAUCAUAGUGAGAUUUCAGCCAGUCAAUGACAACGAUGAUGCGGUGUGUGUAAAUGCAGUAUGCCGGGCUGUAUGCAAUGUGAAGCCCAGCGUCCUGAAUAUCAUACUUGCGAUUAUGAAAAGUAUUUCUAGUUUGAUAACAGGUACGCUGUGUGUCGGCUUUUUGUUGCUCCAUCAAAGUGUUUGAAGUAUGUUCGUUGACAGCAAGUGUGUUUCUUUGCACUAUGUAAAUACAGUACUGGUAAAGGUCUUGUAACUAAUGUGAACAAAAAACAACAAAACAAAAAAUCGGUUCAAUGAAGAACUUUUUUCAGCGUGUUCCUCGUCUUUAUAUGGAUAUUUAAGACCGUCUCCUUCAGACUGUGCAUCACUAGCAACAUUGUUAUAGGCUGUUUCUCAUAAUCCUGUUAUCGCUCUUAACCUAUAUGAACUGAUGAUUAACAUCAUUAAAAUGUUGUUUAAGUAA